UCCCACAACCAAUCCGAUCCACUUUGCCAUCCAAACCAUCCGAAAUGCCUGUCAUAAGUGCGUUGCUCUGGUCGGCGGUAGUGCUGCUGCUAUCGUACCGCUUCUAUCUGAACCGCAUCAAACGGCCACUUAACUAUCCCCCGGGACCAGCGGUACGGCUCUCCCCACUCCAAGACUACGCUCUGCUGUUACUGCUCAACCACCGCCAUCUGCAGCGGGCCGCAUCCAGGCUGGCCCACAUCUACCGCACCAAAGUGCUCGGCCUCUUCCUGGCAGGCCUUCCGACCGUCAUCGUGCGGGAUGGUGUGAUCGCUCGGAAGCUGUUAACGCGCCGUGAGCUAGACGGCCGGCCGGAUCUAUUUCUGGCCCGGAUGCGGCAAAAGGAGUUCCAUCUGCGAGGCAUCAAUUUCAUCGACGGACCGGCAUGGAAGGAUCAGCGUCGGUUUUUCUUGCGGCAUUUGCGCGACUAUGGUUUCGGGCGGCGAUCGGAACAGUACGAGCAGGAGAUGGAAAAGGAACUGUGGAAGCUGGUGGGCCAGCUAGCGUCCGGCGAGCUGUACGGGUACGAGCGUGACUUUAUGCGGGACGGGGGAGCAGUUAAAUGUCCGGAUGUGUUUUUGGUGACGCUUGCGAACAUUUUUCUGCAGGUAACGAUCGGUGAGCGGUACGAUCGAGAGAGGGCAAAAUCGCUGUUGGUAGCUGGACGGAAGGCAAUGCUCUUCGCACGAAAUGCCGAUGACUAUGGGACGAUCUUCACCUACCUUCCCUGGUUGCGGUUUGUGUUUCCAUUUACGAUCAAGUACAGCAACAUUCGCAGCGGCAUGAUGGGUGUGAACCAGCUGCUAGAAACUAUCAUCGACAAGCAGUUGCAAACGUUUGACCCGAACAACCCGCGCCACUUUGUGGACGUGUAUCUGCGCGAGAUGCAAAACCAUGUGCCGCAGCGCAAUGAGACAACGUUUCAGUAUGACCAGCUGGUCGUUGUCCGGCGUAUGCAGAAGGAGAUUGAUGAGGUCGUAGAUAGCGACCGACUUCCCACGCUUAACGAUCGUGUCAAUCUACCGUACACGGAGGCAACGAUCCGAGAAGGACUGCGAAUAGAUACGCUCAUCCCCUCGGGAAUAGUGCACAGGGCACAGCAAACGAUCCAGUUUGAAGGGUAUAGCGCACCGGAGAAUACGCUCUUCCUGUUCGAUCUGGAUAGUGUCAACAAUCAGCCGGAAGUGUGGGGCGAUCCGCGCACCUUUCGGCCGGAUCGUAUGCUGGACGAGGAGACGGGCAUGCUGGCACUGUCAAAGGACCGUUCGCUAACAUUUAGCGUGGGCAGACGAGAGUGUCCCGGUCAGACGUACACGCGCAAUGUGAUGUUUUUAAUCGUGGCCACACUGGUGCAGCGGUUCGAGCUACUCCCGCUACAAUCAGACCGUUUGCCGGACUUAUCGAAACGGCAGACCGGAUUGGUGCACGGACCGGAUGAUUUUUGGGUGCGUUUUGUACCCCGACGGACGAGCGGGGCAGCAGAUCAAUAA